AUGGCUUAUGCGCAGCAUCAGCAGUCCUACCUCGCUCACCACCAGUCUGCCAUGCAGCAGGAGCAGCAGAUGCGCCAGCUGGCUCCAUCACAUGAAGCAGCUUCGAUGCAUACAAUGGAUUCAAGAAGCAUAGAUGAAGCUCUGGAUCCUACACAUGUCGCCGAAAUGAUGAAACAUAUGGCACAUGUUGCGCAAAUGGUUAUAAGCGGCCAACAAGAAGGUUCAUAUCAGCAAGUAGCCCAACAGGCAGCUGCAAUGCAGCAACAACAGCAGCAAAUGGUACCACCUCCUCAGUUAUGGGGUAGCGAUCGAAUAAUAUACGAUUCAUCGGAUCCGAUGCACCAAAGAUGGGGCAUACGAGCUGCGCCACCAUAUCACAGACCAUUGUACGAACCACCCCCCGAUAAUUUUCAAAUAACACUUUGCUGGUCGUACGUUGAUCAAAUGAAAGAUGAUAAGCUAAUGAUUGCUCCUCAGCACAAUAUGCCACCACCGCCAUUUGUGCCUGAAGAUUAG